AUGUUCUUCGUCCUACCACUUUUUGCGCUCGGCGCAGCCGCGGGCUGCACCCCGUCGCACUCGUCCUCGACCCAGCUAUUCAUCGACUUUGACGGGACCAUCGUCACUUCCGAUGCAUACACAACACUAGCAACGGCCGCUUAUGCCAGCCUGCCAAGCAAUAGCUCAGUCCUCCCAUGGGACGAGAUCGAGCAGAUCUACGGAGAACGCGCCGACGCCGCUGCGGCCGCGGCCCCUGAGCCGUCGUCCCUUGAAGGCGCGAUCACGUACGCCAACGAUGUGUCGCGCCGCGAUGUGGAGGUCUGGUCCUUCGACUGGGUUAAAGGAAUGGGCCUCUUCCAGACCGCCGAGGCAAGCGAACUACUGAAAUACGCGCGCAAUCAGACGCUGCGCAGCGGAUGGUGCGCGUUCGCGCGAACAGCGCAGAAGAAGGGCGCGCAUAUAAACGUCGUCAGUCUCAACUGGUCGCCGUCGUGGGUCCGGCUUGUUCUGCGGGAGUCCUCUGGCUGUCCCGAUGUCGUCUCGCGCAUCGAUACGUAUUCGCCUGAGAUACUCCCGCUAGGAGUCCUGCCCGUCUCCCGCUUGAACCAUAAUGUUUCAUUAUUCUCGGGUGGUGAUAAGACGGAGCUUAUUGGGGGCAUGCUUAGGGACAUUCCUGCUGCGAGGAAAAGGAAGGUCGUGUUUGUGUCUGAUGGCCGUGCGGAUUUGCAGCCCCUUUGGGAUUCGCCUACGAAUGUGGGCAUUGUUGCUGGGUAUGAUGGGAGUGCUGCGAAGACGUUUGGACAGUAUGGUGUGGAUAUUCGGGAGGCGAGCGAGGGCUGGAAAGGCUUCACGGGUGAGAAAGCUAAUGCUGUGUAUGGUUUUGAGGACUGGGUUGAUGUCGCGAGUCUGUUAUGGCCUUGA